AUGGAAAAUGUUUUGGAGAAUAGACUCGAAGAAAAUGAGAAGGCAAAGAAAGAAAGAGAGCUCAUGUGUGAAUCAUGUAGAUGCGUGGACGAUGAGGAUAUUGAGAAGGAUUCGAGUGAAGCUGUGCCUCUUCCCAUUGAUUCUGUUGAUCAGCUGUGCGAAGUACGUGUGCUUAAGACCCAAUUCUUAAGAAUUGAAAACAAAUUCAUGUUGAAAAAUAAAAUAAAGUUUACCAUUGCAGGAAACUUCGACUCGAGCAGCUACUCACACACCAACGACAUUGCUGCGCUCAAAGAAGCUUCCAUUUUUUGGAAGAGUCUGCUAGAUCUUGAAAUUAGCGACAAGAAAAAAAGAGAGCUGGAAAAUCGUUUGUAA